AUGGCGGCGCCUACGAAAAGCAUGACUAAAGCCGGGUUGUCUUCUAAUCCCACAAGUUUUCAGAAAAAAUCAAGGAGCAAACUUGUUUCUAUCCCAGGAACAAGACCGUCUGUUCAAAACGGACAGCUUAUAGUUUCAACUGGUGUUACGUCUCUCGACUAUGUAAUCGGCGGUGGCUUAGCAGUUGGAACUCUCCUGCUUGUUGAGGAAGACCGAUAUGACAGCUACUCGCGAAUGCUGCUUAAGUACUUCCUGGCCGAGGGAGUUGUUUCUGGUCAUGAACUCUUUGUGGCAUCUGCUGGAGAUCGCCCAGAAGACAUAUUACAGGAACUCCCAUCUCCAAUUCUUGACGACAUUGCCAGCACAAACAUUACAGAGGGACCUGUCCAAUCAGGAGACUCAGAGACAUCAGAAUCAAUGAAAAUUGCUUGGCGUUACCAGAACCUUCCGAAAAUACAGACUGCACUAGCUGCAUCAUCAAGAUUUGGACACUACUACGAUGUCUCCAAGACCAUGGAGGCAGAGUUACGACAGACUGCCAAAUGCCACACCUUUUUCCCUACAGGAGAAGAACCAGCAAAAUCAACACAAUCAAGUCCUAUGACAGAGGCCUAUGCUGCCCUCCUGAAGUCCAUUCAGACAGUAAUCCGGAGGGAGGGGUUUGAUGGAUCCAGUUCGCAAUCUAAGGUCCGAAAUGUUUUGAGACUUGGCCUUCACUCAUUGGGGUCAGCUCUGUGGUGUGACGACCUGUCUUGCAGAGAGAAUCCUACCCACUUGCACAGCCUCACGACCUUCCUCUACGCCUUACGAGCCCUCCUGCGAUCCUCUCUCUCUGUCGCUAUGAUGACCAUACCCUCACACCUCAUACAGAACAAAUCUAUAAUGGGUCGGAUAAUCCGACUCUCGGACACAGCCAUUGCAUUGGAGUCAUUCAGGGGCUCGGAGAGGGAAACCAACCCACUUUAUAAAGACUAUCAUGGGCUUCUUCAUGUGCGUCAGGUUCCCCAUUUGAACUGCCUCGUGUGUGAGGUUCCUGAUACGAAAGACCUGGCUUUCAAACUCAAGAGGAAGCAGUUCACUAUUGAGAGACUGCAUUUGCCUCCAGACCUGUCAGAGACAGUGAGUCGUGUGAGUAAAGUCGAGCUGGCAGCAGGCUGUGGUUCCAGCACUACGAGCAACAAGCACCUGGACUUCUAGAGUGUUCUCUCCCUCCCCAUCCCUCCUCCUAUUGUCGUGACAGCUGAGCAGGCACAAGCCGUCCCACCACCAC